CUGGUCCAGGGUGGUAGUGUAUCAGUGUUCCUGAGUCCUACUGAUGGUCUCCAUUCCCACUCUGUGUUGUUGGAUGAGGAGAGAGGCAGGCUGCUGCUGGGAACCAGAGACUCAGUUUACCUACUGGACCCUGACCACCUCAGUAGAGCCCCCAGGAAGGUAUGCUACACCUGCAACCCUUCUGGAGAGCAACUUUUUACUUUAAUUAUGCAGGGAAUUUGGGGGGCGCAAUCUUUAUCCAAAUAGCUAGAUAAAUGUAAUUGUGUGGGAAAGGACAAUGUAAAAAUAAAAAUAUCUAAGCCAACACAGUAUAAUUUGGCAUGAUUAUGCGAAAAAGGGUAUGAGCCGGACCUAUUGGAGACAGUAUAGUAUCUCUCUCCAGCAGAAGGAAGGAAAGCCCUGGGCAGAACUCAAGUCUUAACAGCUGACUAGCUAUAACCCCAUGCAGACACAAACUGUCACUCCUCAGACAUGCACACUCAUGCAUGGAAUCACCCAACUCUCUCCAAUAGGCUCCAAUAGGCUCAGCUACAGUGCCUAUCGGUUGGAAGUCCACACCCCCUUGAACUCUUUUCACAUUUUGUUGCGUUACAAAGUGGGAUUGAAAUAGAUUUCAUUGUAUUUUUUUUCAUUGAUCUACACAAAAUAUUCCAUAAUGUCAAAGUGAAAAGAAAAUUCUACAAAUUUUACAAAAAUGAAAUAAUAGGGGUUAACAUAAUUUUGGAAUGGCUACCACUUCCCCAUAUAUACAACAUCUGUAAGGUCCAUUAGUCAAGUAUUGAAUUUCAAGCACAGAUUCAACUACAAAGACGGACAGUGAUUGGUAGAUGUGUAACAAUAACAAAUCAGACAUUGAAUAUCUCUUUAGUAUCUCUUUAAGCAUGGUCAAGUUAAUAAUUAUGCUGUGGAUGAUGUAUUAAACCAACCAGACCCAUCAAAGAUACAGUCGUCCUUCUGAACUGAACUGUAGGACAGGAAGGAAACUGCUUAGGGAUGUCACCAUGAGGCCAUUGGUGAUUUUAAAACAGCUAAAGAGUUAAAUGGCUGUGAUGGGAGAAAACUGAGGAUGGAUCAACAGCAUUGUAGUGACUCCACAAUAAUGACCUAAAUGACAGAGUGAAAAUAAUAAUAAAAAUAUACAGACUAAAAUAUUCCAAAACAUGCGUUUGCAACAAGGCACUAAAGUAAUGCAAAAACAAUACAAAAACACAGCAAAGGAAUACACUUUUUGGCCUAAAUGCAAAGCCUUACGUUUGGGGCAAAUCCAGCACGAUACAUCACUGAGGAACUGCCUUCAUAUUUUCUAGCAUGGUGGUGGCUGCAUCAUGGUUUGUGUAUGCUUGACAUCAGCAAAUAGUGGGGAGAUUUCCAGGAUAAGAAGAAACGGGAUAGAGCUAAGCACAGGCAAAAUCCUAGAGGAAAACCUUGUUCAAUCUGCUUUACACCAGACACUCCGAGAAGAAUUCACCUUUCAGCAGGACAAUAACCUACUACACAAAGCCAAAUCUACACUGGAGUUGUUAACCAAGAAGACCGUGAAUGUUCCUGAGUGGCCAAGUUACAGUGUUGACUUAAAUCUGCAUGGAAAUCUAUGGCAAGACUUGAACAUUGCUGUCUAGCCAUGAUCCCCAACACCUUAACAGAGAUAAAAUAAUUUUGAAAAGAAUAAUGGGCAAAUAUUGCAAAAUACAGGUGUGCAAAGCUCUUAUUAGACUUACCCAAGAAGACUCACAGCUGUAAUCACUGCUAAAGGUGUGUUUUAUUGACUCAGGGGGGUGAAUACAUAACUAAUCAAGGUAUAUUAGUGUUUUAUUUUUCAUUCAUCUUUAAAACAUGUUGGAAUUUUUCUUCCACUUUGACAUUACAGAGUAUUUUGUGUAGCUUGUUGACAACAAAUUACUAUUAAAUUCAUUUUAAUCCCACUUUGUAACACAAUAAAAUGUGAAGAAAUCCAAGGGGGGUGUAGACUGUCUAUAGGCACUUGGUAUGUUCCAUGGACUCAUUACUAGAUACUAGAUUUAGUUUCCCAUCAUUAUAUCUGUCAUUUAGGCAGUCAUUUAAACCUGACUGUGCUUGUGCUGCAUAUCUUCCACCUGACUACUGACACAGCUAUGUGGAUUGGAUCUGUGAGGAAUGCUGCGUAAUCAGUGAUGUAUUGUAGUGGUGGGCAGAGGUUGUAGAGUGGAUGGAAUUAGCACCAGUCAGUUAACAGGGUGCUCUGUCUGUCUAUCAGACUACCUGCUGACCUUGACUUUGACCUAGACCACACACGUGCGCACACACGUGUACGCGCACACACACAGCUGCAAAUGGGACACAUACACUCAGUAUAUAAAACAUGAUAUAGACUGACCAGGUGAAUCCAGUUGAAAGCUAUGAUCCCUUAUUGAUGUCACUUGUUAAAUCCACUGCAAUCAGUGUAGAUGAAGGGGAGGAGACAGGUUAAAGAAGGAUUUUUAAGACUUGAGACAAUUGAGACAUGGAUUGUGUGUGUGUGCAAGACGAACGGGGUAUGGUAGUAGGUGCCAGGCACACCGGUUUGUGUCAAGAACUGCAACGCUGCUGGGUUUUUCACGCUCAACAGUUUCCUGUGUGUAUCAAGAAUGGUCCACCACCCAAGGACAUCUAGCCAAUUUGACACAACUGUGGGAAGCAUUGGAGUCAACAUGGAGCGCUUUCAUCCCUGUGGAACGCUUUCAUCACCUUGUAGAGUCCAUGCCCCGAUGAGUUAAGGCUGUUCUGAGCAACUCAAUAUUAUGAAGGUGUUCCUAAUGUUUGGUAUACUCAGUGUAGAUUUGAGGUUGUAGAAGCGAGUGUGUGUUUAUGCAGGUGUGGUUGAUCCCUGCGCGAGACCGAGUUAAGUUUAUUUGAUCUUUAUAUCUCGUUGUUGUAAGCCUGAGUGGUGCUUUCUAACUGUUGAUUUCUGGUCAUUGAUACUAAUGCUUGCCAGAUAGUUAGACUAGAUUAUUCUGUGGUAGAGCUGUGUGAAUAUGAGUAUACAAAACAUUAAGAACACCUGCUCUUUCCAUGACAUAGACUGACCAGCUGAAUCCAGGUGAAAACUAUGAUCACUUAAUAAUAUCACUUGCCCUGACGAAUUGAGGCUGCUCUGAGGUCAAAAUGUUUGGUAUACUCAGUGUAUAUCUAGGAAUAAGAUAGACAGAAAAUUAGACACACAUUCACAGGUGUGUCUCAUUUUCCUUAGUUUGUAACACAUCUUACUGUCCUAUUUCAACUGGUAAGAACCGGAUAUUUACAACUAUGACUACAUUGAAAUUGCACUAUAGGUACAAUUGAAUUCAACAUAAUCCUUACUUACCUGCGACAAAUGGUACCUGUUGCAAAAAUGGUACCUAUUACAAUGAAUUCCAAAGUUACCAACAAGUAACCACAUGAUAUGCCAAGUUCUAAGUGAAUACCAGGUACAUUGCAGAUUGUGAAAUCAAGUGUGACCCAAUCAUCCCAUUGUGAAACGAAAGCAUUGAUUGAUUGGUGGUAUAGGAUUUAUGUUACUGGAAUUCUCAAAUCCAGCUCAAGCCAAAAUCCUCUCACGUGCCCAGACCUGUAAUGUACUAUACUGUGUACUUAAUAUGUCAUAUCAGAAGACUUGUUGUAUGAAUUCAAUGGAGCGAGGCAGUAUUAUAGAAUCCUAAUACGCUGACGGAGGUAUGUGUAUAUGCGCGUGUGGGGGGAUGUGUGGAGUCUGUGUAACCCCAGUGAUGGCGCUCAUUGGUAGUGGGUUAGGGGUGAACAUGCUAAGAACAUAAGCCAGUUAUAACAUGUGUGAACAUCGGCUACAUUACAUACAAGGGACACAGAACAUUAUCCCCCCUUAAGAUCACUGUUAAGACAGACUGAUUCCUGUCUAAUUGACAUAAGUUUCCUACUCUCAGGGUUUUGUGCGUUAUGCUUUGUUCUUAUGUGUUGAGUUGUGUGGUUCUAAUGCAGGAUCAGUGGUAUUGUUUGUAGUGUGUUGUAUGUCAUGUAAACCUCCCUGUCCAUCUAUUCCCAGAUCAGCUGGCCAGCCCCCAGAGACAGAGUGGAGAUGUGUAAACUGGCCGGCAAGAAUGCUCAUGUGAGUACAAUCUGGAAAAAGCCUGAAGCCUUGUUUCAUUCACAUUGACAAUACAAUCACGGUUCCUUUCUUCUUACUCUCAGUUGGAGUGUGGCAAUUUUGUGCGUGUGCUCCACAACUAUAACCGCACCCAUCUGUACACCUGUGGGACAGGAGCCUUCCACCCCAUGUGUGCCUUCAUUGAGAUCUCAGGACGCAGAGAGGUAGAGUCGGAGAGAACACACACACACACACACACACACACACAACACACACUGCUUACUUACACAGUCUUUCUCUCUUUCUCGCUCUCUCUCUCCUUCUCUUCAGGAGGGUGUGUUCCAGUUGUUGUCCGGUACAGUGGAGUCUGGGAGGCUGAAAUGUCCUUACGACCCCUUGCAACCUUUCACCUCUGUACUCACAGGUCAGACUAUGCCCCAUCAUAAUGUCCUAUUUUUACUACCCUAGACCUUCUGAUGGUAUCUCAGCCCCACCCUGACACCAUUCUACACCCACAUUCAGCCCUAACUCCUUCUCGCUCCUGUCCUGGUGUUCAAAACCCCUCUACAAAACCCUCAUCAUGUACGCUCGCACUCUCUGUGUGUGUGUUGUUAUGAUGAGGUAAGAAAGACAUUGUCAUCUCCUAAGCCAAAUCCUAAUUUAUCUGAAAUAUUUUUGUCAAGGCUAGAUUCAUUGAAACAUGUUUGCUCCACAUAUCUUCUUUCAGAAAUCUGGUUACAAAAACCCCUCACUUCAUGCCAAAGAAUGUCAUAUCACUGAAAGCAUGAUGCACAAUUUAGAGAGAUUGACUUUGUGUUUGUUCAGGUUUGCUUUCUUGCUUUUUAUCAGAGUUGGGCUGGCUACUCUAAUAGGUUCACAUUUACAGUUUUACUUGACCCUCAUCAUCACUGGUCCAGGCCUAACCCUCCUUGUGUCUGAUUGGUUGCAGACCAAUUCCUGUAUGCGGGCACAGCAUCAGACUUCCUGGGUAAAGACACAAUGUUCACCCGCUCCCUGGGCCCGCCCCCCGACCAGCACUAUAUACGCACUGACAUCUCAGAGGACUACUGGAUCAACGGUACACACACACAUACACACACAUACACACACACACGCACACACAUGCACGCACACACACGCGCACACACACACACACACACACACACACACACACACACACACACACACACACACACACACACACACACACACACACACACACACACACACACACACACACACACACACACACACACAUUGUAAAUACUUCAUUUGAAUCCACAAAUCACAUUACAUCUUAAAGGAUUCAAACAUUUCAAAGGUCGUUGAAGAUGCACUAUGCAGAAAUCUAUGCAGAAAUCGCUCCAGCAUUUCCUGGUUGCUAAAAUUCUAGUAGUUUGCCUAAUUUCAGGUUAUGUGCCAACAUAAGCAAGUAUAGUGUAGAGAAUCAUUGUACCAUCUACACCGUUGUGAAAUAUAUUUUCUAUAACGAAAAAUAUUGUAUUUUCAGCUGUUUGAAGCUGGUGUACAAAACCGAAAGUAAAAGACGCAAAAACUAAACUUAAGAAUGGUAGUCAUAGAAAAGGUGCACAUAGAACCGAUGCACCGCUUCUUAGGCUUGCUUUCAAUGACAAAGACAGAUCUAUAACUCUAUUUCUAUGUGAAUUUGGUCGGGUCGCCCAAAAAGUUACAUAUUGCAGCUUUAAGGAAACAAAAAGCACCUUCUCCUCCACACAGCUAGGCUGCCCAUAAUGGCUGAAACAGAGCAGUACCUAGCCAGUUGAUUUGCUCUACCCUUAAGCAGGCCUGUAAUCUAAAGGCCACGUACCAUAAGCCUAUGUACGUGGCCGAGACUGCCAAAUAUCAAUGCCACCAACUUGCAUUUGUAUCCCAGGCUGUCCAAGCAUGAUAUGAGGGGCUGGUAUUUAAAGGUGCUACACAUAGUAUUUUUUUGCAUUUUUGCAUUGUAAUUUCAGAAAAUGUCCAUAAUAUAUCUGCAGUAAUAGUACAAUUAUAGUGUUUCACAGUAUUACUUAUCCGCCAGUGUUGUGAUUGGCUGUGAUAUUCGCCUAUUGAUUUCUCCCACCGGGUCGUCAUCUUUUGUCAAAAUGGGAAAGCUGUUUUGACUUUGUUGCUGUGUUAUCUAGUGGAUAUCGGGUCAAGUGGCCAAUGUAGAUAUCUCUCUGUCAUUUCCUGGUUGCUAAUAUUCUACACUGUUCACUACAGUUUCAGUUUAUGUGAGAAAACAAGCACUGAAUAGUGUUGGGAAUCAUUGUACCAUCUAAAUCGCUGUGAAAUAAAUAGACAAAACAAUAUCACAAGGCCUUACUUUGAUGGCCUAGUUUUACCCUAACACAGUGGUGUUAGGAAACUCCUGGUUUACAUGCCACAUCAGGCCUGCAAGUCACAUUAAGCUGGCUUGCAAAGUGAUGUGUAAAUCCUAUUGGAAUCCAGCCAGAGUUAGGAUAUCCAACAGUUCAUUCACCAGCAACCUUCAUUCAGAAUGACUGUCAGGGUUAGGAAAGUUGAAAAGGAGACUACCUAAACCAUUUAAACUGGAACAACCAUUUCAGUAACAAGUGCAAUACAUCUAACUAACUGAUUGGAUUGGUUUAGAAAAAUGUAUGUUAUUUAUCUUUGUGUAACAUAAGAUUAAUCAAUCAAUCAAUGUACAUGCAAAAACACCGAUAUUAAAACAAUCCUAAAAUAAAAUUGACCUGCAGUAGAGCAUGCUGGAAAAUAUGAUAAUGAUGGGAGUGGCUUUGAUGGGACUGUUUUACUCUCGAAUGUGUAAAACAAUAACUCUGGUUAUUAACACCAACACUGGGGGUUAUUUUACACCACUGAGUGUUAAUUUCACUCUUACAGAGUGAAUGUAACUCCUGAAUCAACACAAGAAAUGUUACACUGAAAAAUCAACACUGGCCAAUUUGCUGUGCACACACACAACAUACACACACACAAACACACACACACGUAUUGUAGAGCUGUGAAUUAUGAGUUUGUAGAGCCAUUCAUGGUGGCAUGACAUUAUAUCUCAGUAACUGUUGGCCUGGUUCUUUUGAAUACAUCCUUCCUCUCAGUCUCGGUACAUAAGGCUUGGUUGAAGCAGGUGAGUUCAAUCAUAGGAUAGUUUUGCCAUUGAGUGUUUCACUUCCCAGUCUUUCCAUUGAUACACAGAGCUGUUUUGUGUUCUCAGGGUGGGCUUGAGUGAGGUAAUUGGCAUUCCUGCCCAAAGCAAACAGUCCAGUUAUUCAUUUAUGACUUUUACAUGAGUUCCACACUAAAGACAGCACACCUACUGUACAGGGCAUGCAUACUGUACCUACUAGGGGAUUUACAGUAUGUCACAAUUCACAGGUCCCUGGUCUACAUACACACACUACAAGCACUAUUCUAUGAUACACGCUCCUCUCCAUCUAUUCUAUGAAUCACUCUCGUGUACGUUUGUCAUGGAUCAACAGAUGUCACCAGUUUCCAACUCCUGUCACCACAUUUCAGAGCCAGGGGCGGGGUGUGAGUGAGAUCUCUGGAGGCGUGCUGUCACUGUGUGUGUGUGCGUGCGUGUGCAUGUGUGUGUGUCAGGGGUUCUGGAACAUCUUACCAAACGUACAGUAACAGUGACUAUGUGUAGUGUGUGUGAGCAGGCCUACAUUAGACUAUUUUAAGGAAUCUCCCCAGAGGCUUCGGUUAGUUUCCAGGGUUGAUAUCAUGUUACCGUAACACUCAGAUCACGGCCACAGACUCUUUCUUUCUUUCUUUCUUUCUCUCUCUCUCUGUCUCGUUCCUUUCCUCUGUUCCAUGGCUCUGUCUGGAGGUAUUUUAAUGUUCAUAAAUCAGGGUGCUCAGAGGAGACUGAGGCGCGUGUUAACUCUAACUUCUAAAAGACGCUCCGCUGUGUCCAUAGGGUCAGGCAGGAAAUGAACAAUGUUGCUUUUAUAACUCUCUCUCUCUCUCUCUCUCUCUCUCUCUCUCUCUCUCUCUCUCUCUCUCUCUCUCUCUCUCUCUCUCUCUCUCUCUCUCUCUCUCUCUCUCUCUCUCUCUCUCUCUCUCUCUCUCUCUCACUCUAGAGGCCAGGUUUAUAUCAGCUCACCCUGUGUCCGAUACCUACAACCCUGACGAUGACAAAAUCUACUUCUUCUUCCGAGAGUCAUCACGCGACAGGAGCGAUAAGAGUGUCCUGUCCCGCGUAGCACGCGUCUGCAAGGUGAGAGAGGGGAGAGGUGUAGAAGGGUGAAAGAAUGAAGGUGAAGAGUGAGGGAUGGUUUGGGGAGAGGUCAGGGAAGGGGUGAAGAGGAGGACAGCCAUCUAACAGGGCGCAUGUACAGUGAUAGAUCUGUGUCCACUACUAUAGUGCUAGCUUCUCCCACAGAUAUGCUUAAACCUCCCUGGGAGGAUACAUCCUGGUACAUUCCUUUGUGUAGUCUGCUGACAGAGGAGCGGACCACUGCUGUCAAAGAGGGUAAAUCAUAGUUCAACCUCUCUUUGUGUCUGGCUGACAGGGCAGCCUAAUGUCUCGUCCCAGUUGAGGUGUAUGAAUUAAGGAUGCCCUUACAAAAAAAUUAAAAUAAAAACGACAACGUGAAAAAAACACGUAAAUAGUCCGGAUGGCCAUUUGAUGAAAAGUUCAGCAGUCUUAUGGCUUGGGGGUAGAAGCUGUUAAGGAGCCUUCUGGACCUAGACUUGGCGCUCCGGUACCGCUUGCCCUGCAGUAGCAGAGAGAACAGUCUAUGACUUGGGUGACUGGAGUCUUUGAAAAAAUUUUGGGCCUUCCUCUGACAUUGUCUAGUAUAUAGGUCCUGGAUGUCAGGAAGCUUGGACCGAGUGAUGUACUGGGCCGUACGCACUACACUCUGUAGUGCAUUACGGUCAGAUGCCGAGCAGUUGCCAUACCAGACAGUGAUGCAACCGGUCAGGAUGCGCUCGAUGGUGGAGCUGUAGAACUUAUUGAGGAUCUGGGGACCCAUGCCAAAUCUUUUCAGUCUCCUGAGGGGAAAAAGGUGUUGUCGUGCCCUCUUCACGACUGUCUUGGUGUGUUUGGACCAUGAUAGUUUGUUGGUAACGUGGACACCAAGGAACUUGAAACUCUUGACCCUCUCCACUACAGCCCCGUAGAUGUUAAUGGGGGCCUGUUCGGCCCUCCUUUUCCUGAAGUCCACGAUCAACUCCUUUGUCUUGCUCACAUUGAGGGAGACGUUGUUGUCCUGGCAACACACUGUCAGGUCUCUGACCUCCUCCCUGUAGGCUGUCUCAUGGUUGUCGGUGAUCAGGCCUACCACUGUUGUUUAGUCAGCGAACUUAAUGAUGGUGUUGGAGUCGUGCUUGGCCACGCAGUCGUGGGUGAACAGGGAGUACAGGAGCGGACUAAGCACACACCCCUGAGGGGCCCCAGUGUUGAGGAUCAACAUGGCAGAUGUGUUGUUGCCCACCCUUACCACCUGGGGGCGGCCCAUCAGGAAGUCCAGGAUCCAGCUGCAGAGGGAGGUGUUUAGUCCAGGGGCCUUAGCUUAGUGAUAAGCUUUGUGGGCACUAUGGUGUUGAACGCUGAGCUGUAGUCAAUGAACAGCAUUCUCAAAUAGGUGUUCCUUUUGUCCAGGUGGGAAAGGGCAGUGUGGAGUGCGAUUGAGAUUACGUCAUCUGUGGAUCUGUUGGGGCGGUAAGCAAAUUGGAGUUGGUCUAGGGUUUCCGGUAUGAUGGGGUUGAUGUGAGUCAACAAAGCACUUCAUGGCUACCGACGUGAGUGCUAUGGGGCGGUAGUCAUUUAGGCAGGUUAGCUUCGCUUUAUUGGUCUGCUUGAAACAUGUAGGUAUUACAGACUCGGUCAGGGAGAGCUUGAAAAUGUCAGUGAAGACACUUGCCAGUAGGUCCGCGCAUGCUCUGAGUACACGUCCUGGUAAUCUGUCUGGCCAUGCAGCCUUGUGAAUGUUGACCUGUUUAAAGGUCUUGCUCACAUUAGCUACGGAGAGCAUGAUCACACAGUCAUCCGGAACAGCUGGUGUUCUCAUGCAUGCUUCAGUGUUGCUUGCCUCAAAGCGAGCAUAAAAGGCAUUUAGCUUGUCUGGUAGGCUCGCGUCACUGGGCAGCUCGCGGCUAGGUUUCCUUUGUAGUCCGUAAUAGUUUGCAAGCCCUGCCACAUCUGACGAGCGUCAGAGCCGGUGUAGUAGGAUUCAAUCUUAGUCCUGUAUUGACGCAUUGCCUGUUUGAUGGUUCAUCUGAGGGCAUAGCGGGAUUUCUUACAAGCGUCAGGAAUUUCUUAUACACUACCUGUCAAAAGUUUGGACACUUCAUUCAAGGGUUUUUGUUUAUUUAAAAAAAUGUUUACAUUGUAGAAUAAUAGUGAAGACAUCAAAACUAUGAAAUAACACAUAUAGAAUCAUGUAGUAACCAAAAAAGUGUUAAACAAAUCAAAAUAUAUUUUAUAUUUGAGGUUCUUCAAAUAGCCACCCUUUGCCUUGAUGACAGCUUUGCAAAUUCUUGGCAUUCUCUCAACCAGCUUCACCUGGAAUGCUUUUCCAACAGUCUUGAAGGAGUUCCCACAUAUGCUGAGCACUUGUUGGCUGCUUUUCCUUCACUCUGACAUUGGUGUAAAUGUGGAGUUUUCUUAUUUGUGAAACUGCAAAUUAGAAUUGCAAGUUCAGAUUUGAAAAACAAUGACGUUAAAGCUUUUCACAUAUGAAACUGCAAAUUAGAUUUUUACACUUGUAAUUCCGCAUGUGAAAGUGAGAUUUUCAUGUGUUGUUUUACAUGUGAAAAAGGCAAAUGUGAUUUUUACAUGUGAAUGUUUUUCACUAGUAAAACCGCAUAUCCGAUACUCACGUGAACGUUUUUAACGUGAAACCCCACAUUUCACAUAUGGAACUGCAAUUCACAUGUUAUUCUCCUCACGUGUAAAGGUGGUGUUAACAUGUGAACUCAAAAUGUAAUACAUGUGAAAAUAUGGUUUCACUAGCUAAAUUGAAGCUCAACAUGUGAAAACAGCUAUUUCUUUGUAAGGGUGACAGUAGGAGAGUUGGUCCAGUCCCAUGUUGGUCCUGCCCCUACUCUAGCCCCCUACCCAUUCUUUAGGUUCUACCUCUAUCCCUAGCCCCUACCCGUAGCUCUUAUUCCUUCCAUGUUCACAGUUCUGAAGGAGCUGAAUUAGUGAAGCGAUACAGCAUAAGCUCUACUCAGGCUUGUUGGGGGCUAGAUGGAGACUACAGCCAUAGAAAUAGAAUCUAAUUCUACACUGUAAAAAAAAUCCUGUUGUUUUUAUGGUAACUUAUUGGCAGCCAGUUACCUGUAAGUUACAAUAAAAAAGGUACAGUAUGUUACUGUAAAUUCCAAACGUUGGUUUAACAUCGAAAAUAGAAAGAAAAGUAAAAAAAUACAUAUAUUUUAUUCCAAUUUUUUUAUGAAUAUCGCUAGCAACAACAGAAUAAACACAUUUUGAAUUACACUAAUUGGAGCCAAUUACACUGGUGUAUCUGACAUAGGCUUUGAAAAAGCACCCGCAAAUAGGCUACCAGUGCGGCAAGUGCGGCAAGUGGUAAGCUUUCUUGACUUGAACAAUCCUUUUUGCCAAAACAUGGCUAACCUUUGUUUAACCAGCUAAACAGCUGCUCUUAGAAAAAAUUUGUUUGGAGUUACCUUUCUGUAUAAUAGGCUAUGUUAGAGUGUACACUUCCUCCAAUUAUAAUCUACCAAAUCUAUUCAUUUUAAAAUGUUGAUUAUUCUCCUUACCAUUAUCAUUCACCUGAUGUUAAUACAAGACCAGAUUUUUUUUAUUUUUUGUUAAUAUAUGAUGGGGGUCCCUGUGCUGCCAUUUGCCUGGGAGGGGGUCCCUGGGCAAGAAAAAGUUGAAGACCGCUGCUGUAAAGUUUUCAGUAAUGUACUGUUAAGCCAAAUUUUAUUUGGAAUUUACGGUAACAUACUGUACCUUUUUUUUUUACAGUAACUCACAGGUAACUGGUAAGUUAUCGUAAAAUCAACAGGAGUUUUUUUUACAGUGUAGUUCUGUGACUACAGCAGGUUGGUUAGUUGAAUCAGGUGUUUUACUUCUUGGCUUGAACAAAAGUAUGCACCCACACGUGCUAUUGGAAGCUCCUGGCCACUGCUGGACGAAGAGAUUCAGUUUCAGUUCCCAGCUAUGUGAGGUUUGGUAUUUUUUGGUAGUAGGGAGACUGUCCCUGUACUGCGUUAUGUCGCCACAUCUUCCCAAAAUAAAAAGUCCAAGCUCUAUUGCCAAAUUCCCAGUUACAGGCACUUGGAGUGUUUAUGACUUGGGAGUAAGCUUUAAGGCCGGCGAGGCAGGAGAGGCAGGAGAGGGAUUCCUUUUCCUGUGUCUACAGCUGACCAUAGAGGGGUUCCUCCCUGGAUAAGUGGAAUAACAGAGCUUCAUUUGAAGAUAAUCCCAUUUAGAAAACGCUAAAGCCAUUAUCCUAACUCUUUCUAUAAUUGUGUGUCUAUUUAAGAUAGUCUUCGGGCCAAGUUCAAUAGGGAGGUUAGUCUAGGGCCCUUGUGCUGGAUAAAGGGGCCCUGUACUUGAGAUGUAUACUUGAGUACUCCUGCCCUAGCCCAGAGAACGGCACUUUUUAUUGAGAAGAGCACUCAGUCAGGGGUAUACAUAUGCUAAUUAGAAUCUCUGCAUAAUUAAUGAGCUUGCUAGUUUACCUUCAAUUAUUCUUCCCUCCUCUUUCUAUUUCUUUUGUUUUAUUUCUCUCCUUUUUUUCUGGCUUCAAUUCCUCCUUCGUACUGUUAUUCUUGUUCUACUAAAUCCCUCUACCAUAUUCUCUCCUCCUUGUCAGUAAUUUGCUUCUUCAGUCCUCUCUCCCUCUUUUGUCAGUUUAUUCUGACUGCCGUCAUCAUUACCGUUAAUGAGCAGGCCUCAUUCCUCUGCCAGUUAAAUAAUCACAUUUAACCAGGUACAUGUGUCUGUCUUUAUCUGGGUUUAUUUAAACUAGUCUCAAACAGGAGUUUAAGAUGUCAAGGUCUGUAAAAAGGUGUGCUGUUGUGUUAUGCUUAAUAUGUCAGGUCUUUGGACUAGACUAUGGUUGUUUCAUGGUUUUAAACCUGAUUUCAGUUGUAUUUGUGUGUCAGACUAUGAUUGUGUUAUGGUUGUGUUGUGGUUGUGUUUCAGAAUGACGUGGGAGGGUUGAGGAGUCUGACCAAUAAGUGGACGACUUUCCUCAAAGCCAGACUGGUGUGUUCCAUCCCUGGACCUGAAGGAGUGGACACACACUUUGACGAGCUCCGUAAGACACAAACACACACGCACACCUGACACGCUUCCAUGUUUACACACACACAACACAUGCGCACUAAAUGCCACAUUCUUACCUUUUGUGUUUGUGUCUGUGUGCGGUGUGUGUGUGUGUGUUGUAGAGGACAUAUUCAUGCUUCCCACUAGAGAUGAGAAGAACCCUGUAGUGUAUGGAAUCUUCACCACCUCCAGGUAAAAUUACACUUAGUACACCAUACCUUACACCAGUGUUUCCCAACUCCAGUCCUCCAGUACCCUCUACAGCACACAUUUUUGUUGUAGCCCCAGACAAACUCACCUGAUUUAACUCAUGGAGGGCUUGAUGAUUAGUUGACAAGUUGAAUCAGGUAUACUUGUCCGGGGCAACAACAAAAAUGUGUACUGUUGGGGGUACUGGAGGACUGGAGUCGGGAAACACUGCCUUACACCAUACCUUACUGAGACAUCUCUCUACCGCUCCGCUUAUUUCUCCCACUAUAAUAUACUUAUUACACUGUACUGUGUUACUCCCCCAGCUCUGUGUUCCGUGGCUCGGCGGUGUGUGUGUACAGCAUGGCUGACAUACGAGCUGUGUUCAACGGACCCUACGCUCACAAGGAAGGACCUGACCAUCGCUGGGUAGAAUAUGAGGGGAGAAUACCUUACCCUCGCCCUGGAACGGUACACAAACAAACACGCUCAUCUCUGCUAACCCUACCCCGCUCCAUUUCCCUCCUGCCUGAAAGCUGACUGCAUAUUGUUUCUGUUCAGGAUAAUUUGGAAAUACCCUCCUCUUAAAUGGCUUACGAUAUGACCCAAUCCUGAUAUAUGACACAGUCCUGAUUAACAAUAAUAAAUACCUAUCUAUUGCAUGUGCCUGUGCGCAUAAUUAAUUAAUAGUCUGUGAGAGUGUGUGACAGAAGUCAACGUUUAUAUGUGAAACCAUGCAAGUGUUUGUGUGUGUGUGUGUGAGGUUGUGUGAUAUAUGACCCAGUCUCUGUCUUGAUGAACAAUAAUAAACGUCAGUCUGGGAGGCAGCUUUGAUGAUGUCACUAAGUCGUCACGGUGAUCACCGCCGUAUGUGUCCUGUUCCACAGUGUUUGUAGAACUGAUUAGCAUGAGGUACUGUGACUGGUGUGUGUGUGUGUGUGUGUGUGUGUGUGUGUGUGUGUGUGUGUGUGUGUGCAGGUGGACGUUUAUUGGGAUGAGUCUUGUCCUUGAGGCAGAACUGAGUGAUUUCUGUUAGAUGGGCCAGCUGCAAAGAAAAAAUUGGCUAUAUUGUAAAAAUUCAUUUAAGGUUAAGGUUAAGCAUUAGGGUGAGUAGCGUGGUUAAGAUUAGGGUUAAGGUUAGGGUUAGGUUUAAAAUCUGAUUUUAUGACAUUGUGUGGCUCAGUUGGUAGAACAUGGCACUUGCAAUGCCAGGGUUGUGGGUUCGAUUCCCACGGGAGACCAGUAAAAAUGAAAAUAUAUCAACUCACUACUGUAAGUCUCCCUGGAUGAGCGUCUGCUAAAUGACAAACAUUUUUAAUUGUGGCUGUGCCAGCUAGUGACUUCUCGGCAGAGCUGCCUCCAGAACAAGAUUCAUGAUGAAAAACACUAACCCGCUAUGGACAUGUUUAACUAUACUUGUGGGGACCAGAAUGCCCCACAAGAAUAGUAAACAAACAAAACAUUUGACCAACUGGGGACAUUUUGUCAGUCCCCACAAGGAAAAAUGCUAUUUCUAUGGGGUUUGGGGUUAAGGUUAGAAUUAGGGUUAGGGUUAGAAUUAGUGUUACGGUUAGGGUUAGGUUUAGGGGUUAGGGAAAAUAGGAUUUUGAAUGGGAAUUCAUUUUAUGUCCCCACAAGGUUAGUUAAACAAGAUUGUGUGUGUGUGUGUGCUUUACGUGUGUGUGUGUGUGUGUGUGUGUGAGAGAGAGAGAGAGAGAGAGAGAGAGAGAGAGAGAGAGAGAGAGAGAGAGAGAGAGAGAGAGAGAGAGAGAGAGAGAGAGAGAGAGAGAGAGAGAGAGAGAGAGAGAGAGAAUCCAGAGUCAACAUCCAGAGUCAACAAGCAUAGCGCCAUAAACUGAUGGCUUAUUACUGUAUUGUAAAAGGAACAGACCGGUAUGAAAAAUGUAUGCACUCACUAACUGUAAGUUGGUCUGGAUAAGAGCGUCUGCUAAAUGACUAAAAUGUAAAUGUAAAUAUACUAAAGGAUUGUGUGCUCCAGAUGUACUUAAUUUAGAGGAGUACCUCAUCUCACCACCAGAUGGUGACACAUACCUGUUAUUCAGAGGCCACUGGCAAACCUGAAAAAAAAUCAAAUUAAAAUGUAUUUGUCACAUACACGUGUUUAGCAGAUGUUAUUGCGGGUGUAGCGAAAUGCUUGUAACUAAUGACAGGGAAUCCCAAAAAUGUCUGUGUUACCAGUAGGUACCUAGAUCAGUAUUUUCUUUAAGGUAGACAUCCAUACUCUCUUUUUGUUGACUGAACUUUCUAUACCUCUAGAUAAAUUGUGUCAGUUCAUCUCAUUUAGUCUCUGAAACUACACAUUAUUUGAUGUCUCUUUUCAGAAACUGACAGUAUCUUCCUUCCUCAGUGUCCCAGUAAGACGUAUGACCCCAGGAUAAAAACCACCAAGGACUUCUCAGACGAGGUGGUAAGCUUCAUCCGCUUCCACCCCCUCAUGUUCCGCUCUGUCUACCCCCUGACCGGCCGGCCCUUGUUUACACGUGUACGUGUCGACUACACACUGACACAGAUAGUGGUGGACCGUGUCAUGGCUGAGGAUGGACAGUAUGAAAUCAUGUUUCUGGGGACAGGUGAGAGAUUCCAACACACACAUCCACACACAUGCUCGGACGCACACUAACACACACAUAAUUCUGUUUUUUAUGAUCUAAUAUUGAUGUGUUUGAAGGCUGUUUGAAUGUUGGAGACUGUGUUCGGUUGCAAUAGGUUUCUUCAGUGUAUGAGUCAAUGAACCCCUUAUCUUUGCUCUAAUGCUCAAAGCUCUACAACAUCAUAGUCUGUUUGGAGCCAAGUAGUCGCAUUUCAGUAGAACUCUCUCACUAGAAAGUUUCCAAAAGAGAAGGACACUGUGUGCAUGUGUCCAUGUAUGUAUGUGUUUCUUAUGUGUGUGUGUGUGUGUGUGUUCAGAUGCUGGUUCAGUUCUGAAGGUGGUGAGCAUCACUCAGGAGAACUGGUCCACUGAGGAGGUGAUUUUGGAGGAGCUCCAGGUGUUCCAGGUAACAAACACACACAGAGAGUUCAUUCUGUUCCCCCGAAGCCUGUUUGAACCUGAUGUGAACUUUUUUAAGACAAACACUGUACUUGUUUCUCUCAAGGGGUUGUCAGCUCAUCAAAUAGCAGUAAAAUAUUAAUGUCCUUCUAUUCUAAACACACAGCAGUAGAUCUAGGGGUACAGAGAGGAGAGUUGGUGUGUUUGUCUAGAAUCACAGAGAUAGAGUGAGUUCCUUUUCUCACAUUGAUUCACAGACUCAUUGGUUGACCUCCCUAACAUGAAGUCAGCUCUGUGGCAGGAAAGAGAGCUUGGUUCUUCUCAAGCAGAACUAAUUAGCUAACUGCUUUACGUAUUAAAGUAUGAAUCUGUGUAUAUAGGCUCCUGAGUGGCGCAGUGGUCUAAGGCACUGCAUCGCAGUGCUAACUGUGUCACUAGAGAUCCUGGUUCGAAUCCAGGCUCUGCCGACCGCGACCGGGAGACUCAUGGGCGGCGCACAAUUGGCCCAGCGUCGUCCAGGGUAGGGGAGGGAAUGGCCGGCCGGGAUGUAGCUCAGUUGAUAGAGCAUGGCGUUUGCAACGCCAGGGUUGUGGGUUCGAUUCCCACGGGGGGCCAGUAUAAAAAAAAUAUGUAUUCACUAACUGUAAGUCGCUCUGGAUAAGAGCGUCUGCUAAAUGACUAAAAUGUAAAAUAUGUGUGUGUAGUGGAUAUAAUGGUUACUUUCUCCUCCAGACUCCCACUCCCAUCCUAAGUAUGGAGAUCUCUUCUAAACAGGUAAGAACACCCCUCUUCUCUGUAUCCCUCCUUUCCAUCUCCACCCCUCCCUACAUUUCUCAUAUAGCUACAAUAUACAGUGCAUUCAGGAAGUAUUCAGACCCCUUAACUUUUUCCACAUUUUGUUACGUUACAGCCUUAUUCAAAAAUGUAUUAAAUUGUUUAUUUUCCUAAUCAGUCCACACACAAUACCCCAUAAUGACAAAGCAAAAACAGGUUUUUAUAAUUUUUUGCAAAUGUAUAAAAAAUUAAAAACGGAAACAUCACAUUUACAUAAGUAUUCAGACCCUUUACUCAGUAUUUAUUGAAGCACCUUUGGCAGCGAUUACAGCCUCAAGGCUUCUUGGGUAUGACGCUACAAGCUUAGCACACCUGUAUUUGGGGAGUUUCUCCCAUUCGAAGCCACUCCUGCAUUGUCUUGGCUGUGUGCUUAGGGUCGAUGUCCUGUUGGAAGGUGAACCUUCGCCCCAGUCUGAGGUCCUGAGCACUCUCCUGAGCAGGUUUUCAUCAAGUAUUUCUCUGUACUUUGCUCCGUUCAUCUUUCCCUCGAUCCUGACUAGUCUCCCAGUCCCUGCAGCUGACAAACAUCCCCACAGCAUGAUGCUGCCACCACCAUGCUUCACCCUAGGGAUGGUGCCAGGUUUCCUUCAGACAUGAUGCUUGGCAUUCAGGCCAAAGAGUUCAAUUUUGGUUUCAUCAGACCAGAGAAUCUUGUUUCUCAUGGUCUGAGAGUCCUUUAGGCAAACUCCAAGCAGGCUGUCAUGUUCUUUUUACUGAGCAGUGGCUUCCGUCUGGCCACUCUACUGUAAAGGCCUGAUUGGUGGAGUGCUGUAGAGAUGGUUGUCCUUCUGGAAGUUUCUCCCAUCUCCACAGAGGAACUCUGGAGCUCUGUCAGAGUGACCAUCGGGUUCUUGGGCACCUUCUUGAUCAAGGCCCUUCUCCCCCGAUUGCUCAGUUUGUCCGGGCGGCCAGCUCUAGGAAGAGUUUUGGUGGUUCCAAACUUCUUCAAUUUGAGAAUGAUGGAGGCCACUGUGUUCUUGGGGACCUUUAAUGCUGCAGACAUUACGGAGCUCUACGGACAAUUCCUUUGACCUCAUUGCUUGGUUUUUGCUCUGACAUGCACUGCCAACUGUGGGAGCUUAUAUAGACAGGUGUGUGCCUUUCCAAAUAAUGUCACAUCAAUUGAAUUUACCACAGGUGGACUCCAAUCAAAUUGUAGAAAAACUCAAGGAUGAUCAAUGAAAACAGGAAGCACUUGAGCUCAAUUUCGAGUGUCAUAUCAAAGGGUCUGAAUACUUAUGUAAAAAGUUAUUUCUGUUUUUUAUUUUUAAUAAAUUAGCAAAAAAAUAUAAAAACUUUUCGCUUUGUCAUUAUGGGGUAUUGUGUGUAGAUUGAUGAGGAUUUGUUUUUAUUUAAUCAAUUUUAGAAUAAGGCUAUAAUUUAACAAAAUGUGGAAAAAGGGAAGGGGUCUGAAUACUUUUCGAAUGCCCUGUAUAUCAGGCUCAGUGCUUCUACCUGCAUCUUCCACAGCCACCUUCCCACUCGCUUUCCCUUCUGUCCCCCUCCUCCUCCCCUCUCAUCCUUCCCUUGUCCCUCCCUCCCCCUCUCCUCUCCUCCCUCGUUAUCUGAGGGUCCGGGAUGUCAGCAGACCCUUCAACUCCAAUCACAGCCUCCCUUCAUCUGCCACAGCCUGUGUGUGUGUGUGUGUGUGUGUGUGUGUGUGUGUGUGUGUGUGUGUGUGUGUGUGUGUGUGUGUGUGUGUGUGUGUUUUCAUCUCAUCAUAGCCCAUCCCCCAGUGUUUUCCAUGUUUCCGUUCAGAGUUUGUUUUGGAAUCCCUGGUUCAGACGAGUCCCGACAGAUCCAUACAAAACAUCUCUCUCUCUCGCUCUCUCUCUCUCUCUCUCUCUCUCUCUCUCUCUCGCGCUUUCUCUCUUUCUCUCUCGCUCUCUCUCUAUCAUGUGUUGUUGAAGGUUUUGUCAUUUAAACAAGCUUUAGAGUUAUAGGGUUGACUUCCAGUAAUAAUAAUUGGAGGUUAGAACCCUGAGGAUACUGUGCUAUAUACCGCUGGACAUGUGGGUGUACUAAAUCACACAUGUGCACUCAUAUGGACACACACACUUUCCAAAAUGGAGAUCAGAAGAACAGAUAUAUUUUACCACAAUGAACCAUAGUAUAGUGUAAACAACAACAUAUAACAAGGUGAUUAGUUGAUUAGUUGAACCAGGUGUGCUGGACUGUACCCUUCUCUGAGGUUGUUUGUUCUCUCCAUCUCUGUCUCCAUAGCAACAGCUAUAUGUGGGUUCGGGGGCGGGGCUAGCCCAGGUGUCACUGAGCAGGUGUCACCUGUAUGGUCAGGUGUGUGCAGAGUGCUGCCUCGCCAGAGACCCCUACUGUGCCUGGGAUGGAUACACCUGCUCACGAUACAUCCCUGCAUCCAAGAGGUAGAGUACACACACACACACACACAAAACACACACACAAACACACACAUACAGAAACACACACAAGCACGCACGCACACACAGGCAUACAAUGAGUGUACAAAACAUUAAGAACACCUUCCUGAUAUUGAGUUUCACGGCCCCCCUUUUGCCCUCAGAACAGCCUCAAUUCAUCGGGACAUGGACUCUACAAGGUGUCGAAAGCGUUCCACAGGGAUGCUGGCCCUUGUUGACUCCAACGCUUCCCACAGUUGUGUCAAGUUGGCUGGAUAUCCUUUGGGUGGUGGACCAUUCUUGAUACACAUGGGAAACUGUUGGGUGUGAAAAACACAGCAGCAUUGCAGUUCUUGACACAAACCAGUGCGCCUGGCACCUACUACCAUACCCCGUUCAAAGGCACUUAAAGUGGAACUGACAGCAUUUUAGCUACUUUGCAGAUAUGAAACAAACACACAAUCAUAAUAUCAAUAUCAAAUAGGUUCUAUUUGCCUCAACUUUAUAAGAGGUUUUGAUUGUGCCAGAGCGCAGACUAACUGAUGAAUUUACGAACACGCAGCACCCACAGAAUAUGACCGACCAGUGUCAGUAAACGUAGGCAACGAAAGUAAUAGUUAGUCAAGAAUGCUCUAGAUAACAUGUAAAUAGCUGACCAGCUCUGCUAGGGCGAGUAAAAUGGUCAGAGUAAGGUGUUUUCUCAUUUGUGUCUGGAAGUAGCUAGCUAGCAUUGUUGGCAGGCAAGCUGCAGAAGGACGAGUAGGCUACAAUUCCCCAUCGUCUAUUAGUGCAAUUUUGACGGGCAACUAAUUUAAUACAUUUGAGAGGGUUUCUCUAAUGUUCCUUCGUUAGAUUUUAGCUCAUCUUUCUCUGGCUCGCAUUAGUUGUUGAUCUUUUUGUUGUUGAUGUGCAUAACUGAGGGAGAGAGCCUACCUUUUCAUGGUUGUUUGACCAAUAGGACUGUACAUUUCCCAAAUGUAAGAUGACUCCCAAUUGGUAUUGACAUAUUUGCAGAAAUCCAUUCAGAUGUAUUUUUGGCGAAUGCAUAUUCUCCCAUAUAUGAAUAUAACAUUUUGUAGCCUGAAGAACAAAUAAACUAUACAGGAGCAUAUACAACAGCUGUGCCACAUUGCUAUUCCUUUCAUCUAAGGUAUAUGAACCAUAGCAGGCCUCAGGAUCAAUAGAUUACCUCUUAGUUAUCCAUGAAAUGAGGUAUAUUUGUCAUUUACUCUGACACGUUCAUCUUUCACUGUCAGAUCAGGAAUGUGAAGACGUCCACAAGCAUGAUUUAAUGAACCUGAAGAAGAGAGAAAGUUUAUCUCUUACCUGACCUUGCCCUAUUUUUGUCCCAAUUCAGGGCUCUAGGGACUGUAAUAGAGUGUUCAGAUAUUUUCUCUAUUUUAUUUUUGGUGGGCUUUUGUUUCUUCAGCGUUUCUCUGUGCCAUAGGGGUAUUCACCUACCUCUUUCUCUCUCUCUUAGGGCAGAAGCAUUGAUUAGAAUCUCUCUGAUGGGCUAAUGAUUAAUGUUACUGUUACUCUCCGUUGUCCUCUUUGUGUGUGUGUGUGUCCAGAAUAAGUAGCCUAGUCAGACUAUAGCAGUGGCCCAAAACUCUACACAUUACCUAAAUCUAUGGCGGAUAGAGAGAGAUGGUGAGAGACGGGGAGAGAGCAAAAGAGAGAAAGAAAAAAUAUAUAUAAUGUAUGCACUCACUAACUGUAAGUCGCUCUGGAUAAGAGCGUCUGCUAAAAUGACUAAAAUGUAAAAUGUAAAUGUAGAAAACAAUAUAGGGAGGCAUAUACAGUGCCUUGCAAAAGUAUUCUUCCCCCUUGGCAUUUUUCCUAUUUUGUUGCAUUACAACCUGUAAUUUAAAUGGAUUUUUAUUUGGAUUUCAUGUAAUGGACAUACACAAAAUUGUCCAAAUUGGUUAAAUAAAAAAUUCAAAAACAUUAAUAUCGGAAAAGUGGUGCGUGCAUAUGUAUUCACCCCCUUUGCUAUGAAGCCCCUAAAUAAGAUCUGGUGCAACCAAUUACCUUCAGAAGUCACAUAAUGAGUUAGAUAAAGUCACAUGAUCUCAGUAUAUAUAAACCUGUUCCGAAAGGCCCCAGAGUCUGCUACACCACUAAGCAAGGGACACCACCAAGCAAGCAGCACCAUGAAGAACAAGGAGCUCUCCAAACAGGUCAGGGACAAAGUUGUGGUGAAGUACAGAUCAGGGUUGGGUUAUAAAAAAUAUCCGAAACUUUGAACAUCCCACGGAUGGAAAGAAAGAAUGGAAAGAAUAUGACACCACAACAAACCUGCCAAGAGAGGGCCGCCCACCAAAACUCACAGACAAGCCAAGGAGGGCAUUAAUCAGAGAGGCAACAAAGAAACCAAAUAUUUUUUAUUGUCAUUUAGCAGACACACUUAUCCAGAGCAACUAGGGUUAAGUGCCUUGCUCAAGGGCACAGACAGAUUUUUCACCUAGUCGGCUCAGGGAUUAGAACCAGCAACCUUUUGGUUACUGGCACAAUGCUCUUAACCACUAAGCUACCUUUCCACCCCACACAGCAGAGAUUGGAGUAUCUGUCCAUAGGACCACUUUAAGCCGUACACUCCACAGAGCUGGGCUUUACGGAAGAGUGGCCAGAAAAAAGCCAUUGCUUAAAGAAAAAAUAAGCAAACACGUUUGGUGUUCGCCAAAAGGCAUGUGGGAGACUCCCCAAACAUCUGGAAGAAGGUACUCUGGUCAGAUGAGACUAAAAUUGAGCUUUUUGGCCAUCAAGGAAAACGCUAUGUCUGGCACAAACCCAACACCUCUCAUCACCCCGAGUACACCAUCCCCACAGUGAAGCAUGGUGGUGGAAGCAUCAUGCUGUUGGGAUGUUUUUCAUCGGUAGGGACUGGGAAACUGGUCAGAAUUGAAGGAACUAUGGAUAGCACUAAAUACAGGGAAAUUCUUGAGGGAAACCUGUUUCAGUCUUCCAGAGAUUUGAGACUGGGACAGAGGUUCACCUUCCAGCAGGACAAUGACCCUAAGCAUACUGCUAAAGCAACACUCAAGUGUUUUAAGGGGAAACAUUUAAAUGUCUUGGAAUGGCCUAGUCAAAGAUCAGACCUCAAUCCAAUUGAGAAUCUGUGGUAUGACGUGAAGAUUGCUGUACACCAGCGGAACCCAUCCAAAUUGAAGGAGCUGGAGCAUUUUUGCCUUGAAGAAUGGGCAAGAAUCCCAGUGGCUAGAUGUGCCAAGCUUAUAGAGACAUACCCCAAGAGACUUGCAGCUGUAAUUGCUGCAAAAGGUGGCUCUACAAAGUAUUGACUUUGGGGGGGUGAAUAAUUAUGCACGCUCAAGUUUUCUUUUUGUCUUAUUUCUUGUGUGUUUCAAAUAUUUUGCAUCUUCAAAGUGGUAGGCAUGUUGUGUAAAUCAAAUGAUACAAACCCCCAAAAAAUCCAUUUUAAUUCCAGGUUGUAUGGCAACAAAAUAGGAAAAAUGCCAAAGGGGUGAAUACUUUCCCAAGCCACUGUAGCUCAGGUUCAAGCUCAAUUUAUAGAAUGUAUGUGGUUGACAGUGUAAACAUCCAUAGAUACAUCCAUAGCUUUCAGAGAGAGGCAGCUUUGGUAUCUCUAGUCUUUGUCCAAAACACUUGAAUACCUGGGUAUUGGGUUCAGUGUGUUAUCCAAAUGUGGCUGUCUGUAUUUGGGUUCAGUGUGUUAUCUGUCUGUGGUUGUCAGUUGUUGGGUUCAGUGUGUUGUCCAUAUGUGGUUGUUGUCAGGAUGUUCAGUAUGUUAGACAGAUUUAACAGGGUUAUCAUGACAGACAGAGCAGCUUAAAUCACAGCCUGAAGUAACUCCUGUUACCUAUAAUAGAAACCCCUGGAAAACAGCAACUCAGGACACACACAGGCACCAUUUUGUGUGAGCGUUUAGAAGAGUAAAAUGUUGCCCCUGGUCUUGCUGUAGGCUAACUGCAAUGAACUCACCUCACACUGAAGAAUUUAUGUAUGCAGCCAAACAUUACCUUGACAGCAGGACGUGACCUUAUUACCUUUAUUUACCUUUCACCCCGACCCUGUGGCAUGUGUGUGUGGGUUUAUGUAUGCAUUUUGGAUUGACAGGAGAGCAAGGAGACAAGACAUUAAACAUGGCGACCCUUCCAGCCAGUGUUGGGACACAGAUGACAGUAAGUGAUAACACAACAUAUGCUUCCCUCUCGUGUGUGUUGCUCAGCCAAUCCCGAUAUAACAUGUUAACACUUCAUGAAUUUAUUUCUGUGUUCUCAGCUCUGCAUGGAGGCAGGGUGGAGGAGAGGAUCAUGUUUGGGGUGGAGAAUAACUCGACCUUCCUGGAGUGUCUCCCCAAAUCACAACAGGCCACCAUACGCUGGUUCAUACACAGACCUGGAGCUGAACACAGAGAA